AUGCAGUUCACCCUCAAGGCUCUGUCCGUCUUCGCGGCCUCUCUCCUCUUCUCCGCUGUCGCGGCUGCCCCUCAAUGCCAGCCCGGAGACGCCUGGCCUGACGUCCACGACUGCCACAACUUCUUCGAAUGUGCCGCUGGCGGCAUCCCAGUCCUCAAGACCUGCGGUCCCGGCACGGCUUACUGCCCCGUCACCGGUGUCUGCGACUACGAAUUCAAGAUCCCCUCUUGCCACCCCCACGGCGCCAUCCCCAAGGGUCCUGAGCAUGGCAAGACCCCUCAGGGCUGGGGCUUCCCUGGUGCCCACGGUCGCCCCGGUGGCCAGGGCCACUAG